AUGACAUUCUCUAAGUUACUGAAGGAGUUCAGCUCUUCUGUCCCAGAAGACGUCGCGCGCAAGAAGGCGGUGAACAUAACGCUGAACGCGAUUCCGGUCCUGGUGAACUUUUUGCUUGUUGUGGCAGCUGCCGGGGAGCAGUGGACUUUGCUGUCAGUGGUGUUGCCGUGGCUCGUGGGUGUCAGCACUAUGCAGAUGGUGACACGGGUGCGGAAGCGGGGAGUGGCGUUCAGCGUCGGCGCACGUGACUUCGGCCUCAUCGUCAUCUGUCUCCGCGUGGUGGGCAUGGCGCUGGUGCUGGCGUGCUGGCGCGAGAUGGCCUGCUACCACUGCAUCGAAGAGGAGGCGGAAUGUCCGAAAGAACUACCAUGUCAUUCUGCUUCCUAA